UAAAGCCGCCGCAAAAUCAAAGAAAAAGGGCAAUUUAAAAAAAAAAAAAAAAACCACAAGGAAACUCUUCAUUUUCUCCCAAUUUCUUCCAUCCAUGCACUAAAAAAUCAUAGAAAUUUUGAAAUAUGGAGGUACAGUUUUUCAAAUCCAGGUUUUUAAUUUUCUCGGAUUUAUGUAAUUCCCGUUGGAUUUACGCGAUGCGUUUGCAUGAGUCGAUGGAGGGGAAAAACCCUAAGAUAAGAUGAUCCAAUUACUUGUGUUAUCACGACCCUCGUGUUGAUUCUUUGCGGCAUUUUCAAUUGCAGAAUCUGCGUCGGCUGGAUUCAAUCGAGGAAUUCGAGGCGACGUUCGGUUCGUCGAGUUGAAAAAGCAUGCACGGAAAGGACUACCAUUUAACCAUGCACGUCCAUGCAGCUGGAGUAUCAAAUAACUCUCCAUUUUUUUCUUCGCCAAAUAAGGCCAUUUUUCUUUGCCAAUUAAUGCAACAGGAAAAAGCGCACACGGAAAGGACUAGCAUUUAACCAUGCACGUCUUCCUUUUCUCCCAGCCUUUCUUCCCCUCCCAUUAUUCCUACUCUCCUUUCUCCCAAACCAAACCCAAAAACCCUCGUCUCCUUCUCCCCAUUGUCAAAACGAUAAUUCCUCCCUCCAAACCCCUUUCCUUUUCCAAUUUAGACGUGAAUUCCUCUGAUUUUGAUUCUCCUUCCGUCGAAGAUGGCGACGGCGACAAAUUCGAGCCAUCUGUUUCCUCUUCUGAUCAGGAAUUGGUGACUGUAUCGGGAGAUGGCGUUGACAUCGAGAUUGAGAAGAUCGGAAAUAACUCAAGGAGGAUCCGUUCUCGCAUUGGCAUCGAUGCCAGCCUCGAGACGGUGUGGAAUCUGUUGACGGAUUACGAGAGACUGUCCGAUUUCAUUCCCGGCCUCGCUGUGAGCCAAUUGCUGGAAAAGAAAGAAAACUUUGCCAAGCUUUUCCAGAUUGGUCAACAAAACUUGGCUUUUGGGUUGAAAUUCAAUGCGAAAGGAAUAGUAGAUUGUUAUGAGAAAGAUCUCCAGCGUCUUUCCUUUGGUCAAAGGCGGGAUAUUGAGUUUAAGAUGGUUGAGGGAGACUUCCAAACCUUUGAAGGCAAAUGGUCCAUAAUGCAGGCUGACACAGAGAAUUGUAAAGAGGGUGAAUAUUCCAAGGGGCAAGAAUUUCAAACCAUUCUUGCAUAUGUUGUUGAUGUGGAGCCAAAGCUGUGGUUGCCAGUUGGCCUUGUGGAAGGAAGACUUUGCAAGGAGAUUGAAUUGAACCUCACCUCCAUCAGAGAAGAAGUUCGGCGAGCAGUGCUGGGUAUUCUUCCGACCUACUAAUACCAUUAAUAUUUCUUCACUGUUUUUCUUAUAAGUAACAGAUGCAAAAAAAUAAUAAUAAUUUAUUGGCUCUGUAAUUUAUGUUCAGUUGAUUAUUGAUUUUUAAUCUUUUAUUUAUAUGGGGGUUUAAAUAAUGGUGCCACCAAUACUCUGUAUGGUACUCACAUUUUAACAUUUUAUUUGGAAGUAAUUUCUUA